AUGGGUCUCCUAACCUGGCUCGGCCUCCGGCGAACCGACGUCUGGGAGCGCCCAACAGUAGUAGACGAGUUCCUCUCGUCGCCGCUCCAAUCCGUCAUCCGGCGCAUGUUCCGGGCCAUCCUAUUCCUGCGCGGCAGGCCCUUCCGACCGGCCCGGGACAGGCGACGCAUCCGCGUGGUCUGCAUCUCGGACACGCACAGCCGGACCGUCGCCGACGUGCCGGACGGCGACCUGCUCGUCCACGCCGGCGACCUGACUGACGACGGCACGGCCGACUCCAUCCAGCGGCAGGUCGACUGGCUGGACUCGCUGCCGCACCGCCACAAGGUCUUUGUGUGCGGCAACCACGACAGCUGGUUCGACCCGGCGGCCAGGAGCGCCGCCGACAGGGAGUCCGGGAGGGCGCCGGAUCUGAAGUCUCUGCGUUACCUCCAAAACGAGUCGGUGACGCUGGAGUUCGAGGGCGGUAGGAGACUGAAUGUCUACGGCGCCGGGGACAUCCCGCUGUGUGGAGGGUCCGACUUUGCCUUUCAAUAUGCUCGCCAAUCAGCCCCUUGGGCUGAGAGGAUACCCGUAGAGACGGAUGUCCUUGUAACCCACACCCCACCGCGGUACCAUAUGGAUCUCGACAUAGGCUGUGCCAGUCUCCUGCAAGAGAUAUGGCGGGUGAAGCCCAAGCUGCACGUAUUUGGACACGUCCACUGGGGCCAUGGGAGGGAAUCCGCCUACUACGACGAGUGCCAAAGAGCCUACGAAAGCCUCAUGUCGAGGCCAAAGAGGGGCCCGCUCUAUGACCUUGUACCCAAUGCAAGCUGGAAGGAGGCAUUCCAAGUGAUAUACUAUGGGAUCCACAGCAUCCUCUGGAAAUGGCUCAUGCUUGGCCCCGGUUCCAACAACGCGGGCCUCUUGGUCAACGCUGCCCAGAUGUAUGGAAAUACUGGGAAGCUGGGCAAUAGGGUCACGCUGGUAGACCUGUAA